CAGAGAGCGGAGGGGACCCCCAAACAGUCCAACUUGAGCCAUGGCUACUUCACAGAAAAUCAAAAGCUUUUCUUGGGGAAGAGGAGACUCAGAGGACGAGGAGAGCAGCAGGAUGACCAUGUUUGAUGUGCUUCACGGGGAAAUGAGAGAGAAGAUCGUGCUACAGCGGCUGAUAGUGAUUGCUCGGCUCCCCCGCGGUCUUGCUGACAGGACAGAACUGGGAGGUCAGCCAGCAAUUACCUUUAGAGCUACAAGGACCGAGAGCACAACAGCUCAGUGCAAGAUAAUUGCUAUUCCACUGACAAGAUCCCUUUAUUCCAGUCAACUAUCUAACCACCCUUAUUAUGAAAAACUCAACUUUCAGCUAAGCAAACAGUAUAUAUGGGAUCAUAUGACGGGCCUGCUGUUAAUUUAUCCAUCCUGUCUGCUGCAUAUCAUUGAAUCAUCCAGGGAGGUUCUGGUUUCUGUUCUGAAAGACCUUAAAGACAUGCAACAACAGCCAGACAGUACCUUGCUGGAAGCUGCCAAGGUUGUGUUCAUGGCACAUAACCCUCCAAGCAGGCUGUUCCAACAGUGGAGCUACAAGGUGCUCGAUGCAGAUCAGGGGGCGGAGGACUCUGUGACUAAGGGACCUGAUGAAGAGGAAGAGAGUACAGAGACUCUGGUUUGCACUGUCCUGUCUGCGCUGCAGAAACUGGGCGAACAUCUUAAAAUAUCUAAGGCUGUUCCUGGGUCAGGGCUGGAUACGUCUCCGGGGCCGAUUGUCUCUCAGGAGGUUCUCAACAAACUUUUGGCUCGAGAGGAGCUCAUGACUCCGCAACAACACCUCCAGAUGUACAACUCACCGUUACACAUCAGCAUGGACUUUGGACAAGUCAUGCGAAGCAGCUGCCUCACUACAGUUUAACACUUUGGACAAAAGGGUCAAAGGAUGUGUUUGGCCUUCACUAAAGCACCUUGGAUGUGACUGAAGGCUUCCUAGCAGAUAGAAAUCACUGCGACAGUUUUAUACCAACAUUUAAUCAACUGUAGCAUUUCUUUCUAUCUUUCUUUCUUUUGUUCCAAAAUUAUUUUAUAUAUAAAAUUAGUUUGAGUGAAAUAACAUUGAACACAAUUUAUUUAAAAAGCACAGAAAAUCCAAGUAAUAUAAAAACAUUUUUAAUAGUUUCAACAUUCGGAUGAGGUUAAUUUUAUUUCUAUCUUACUGUACACUGUGUUCCACUUGGUGACCGGGAGAUAGCAUGUCCAAGAAAAGGCAUUUCCUCUUUACUCCAAACUUUAAAGAGUCCACAGUGUCACGACAGUUUGACACAAAGAACUUUUAAGUCUAAAAAGUUUCCUUGAUCACUCAUGUGUUCCCUUUUUAUUUUGGCCCCCAUUACUUGGAACUUAAACAACAACAAAAAAAAAAGAUGACUGGAGAUGUACUUGCAAUGGCUGCAUGCACCACAGUGUAUUCUACAAACUGUACGAGGAAAAAGCAAACCUGUACGCUUUUGUCUUGUUUGCUGUAGGAUUUCAGUGUAAAGUCACAGGAACUUUUCAAGAUCUUUGAAGUCCUUAAAAAGCGCAUUGAUUUCCUGACAUUGUUCUCUGUUCAGAGCCAGAUGUGCUUUUCUUAUUUGCUAUAUAUAUAAAAAUGGUGAAACGUACUGUACCAAUGGAACACAGAAGAUACAUGGUGAAAAAAGCAGUAAAUCAUGAAUGUUUUAAACAAACCGUUGGCAGAGUCGAUGGAGAGUUGGACUAAAAAAGGCCGAGGGCAGAACUGAAUUCUUCUUCUUUUAUAAAGGUCAAUCUGUUCACUUAUAAAAAAUAAAUACAAGCACAUUUAUAGAGGACCAAAGAUGAGACAUAUUUCAUAGGCAUGGUUAAAAAGCAUGCUGCUGAGUUUCACACAGGACAAUGUCGAAUCAAACACCCCCUCGACUCCCCUCCCUCCCUCCCUCCCUCCCUCCCUCCCUAAACUUGGUCAUAACACUCUUUUUAUCAAAUACCCCACCACCCUCUUCUACUUAAAACUAUGUCCACAACACACACAAUCCGCCUUCAUCACGAGCGAUGAGGUGAACUUCGUCGAUCACCGAUACAUUCCACCUAUUCAUGUAAAAAAAACCAAGGCCUUCGUAUUUUAGUGCUCAAAAGGUCAUGCUUGCAAAAGCUGUAAUACUGGAAACUGUCUCUGGAAUCUCUCUCCCGACUGUCUCUGCUCGACAGGGCUAUUGUUAAUAAAGUUGUGUUUGACGAAUACUGUAUGUACAAGCCUUAUUUUAAACCCUUUAGUACAAAACGAAGAGCAGCACAUUGUAACACAGAAAUCCAGACAAAGACAGGACAGACCAUUCACCUCAGCACAGCCAAAUUGCAACAAUAGCUUUUUUUUUUUUAAACUGUUUUGUGGUCAACAUAACGUUUUUUGCUUUUUUUUUUAAAUCAUUAAAAUCAUAAAUACUGGUGAUAGCAUUUCAUGCUGGGUUGAUUUAAACUCAGCUGGACGAUUGGAUUGAAUUAAUCGGUAUGAAUUGCAGUAGAGCUGAAACGUUAAGUAUAUUAUUUUGAUAAUUGAUUUAUUUUUCUAAUUGUUGAAGCAGAAAUGACAGACAUGUAUGAGGGCUAUAGACCAGGCGAGUAAGAAAAUAAUCAGCAGAUAAUUAAUAAUUAAAAAGUCGCAGCCCUAAAUUGUAGAAAAUGUCCAAAUUGUCCUGUAGUUUUUCUGCUUUUUUUUGCAUGAUCUAAUUUUAACCUUUCAUGCUUUGUUGAGGAAUUGUAUGUACAAAUGUACCGGCAUGUGUCGCUGAACUGAUUCCAAACACGUAAUAAUAAAGGCUUUAACUGACCCCACACAAAGGGACACAAGGUACACUUCUUAUUUUUUGGAAACACUGGAACAAAUGUCUCUGUGUUUUAAUCACUUUGAUCUUAUGAACUUCAACGUGUAGAACUUUUGUGUCGUUGUG